CCUGUGGCGUGUCUGCCUCGGCGGAGCCGGCCGCGCUGCGCUCGGGCGCCGGCCUCGUUCCCAGCCUCCGACUCCGGGGCGCGCGGCCCGCGCGUGCGCAGCGCAGGAGGGGCGCAGGCCGGGACCCCCGGGCCGGCGCGUGCGCGGACCAAGCACUGGGCGGCUGGCGGGCCCCGAGAUGAGCCUCCGGGUGCUGCGGCCCCAGUGAGGAGGAGGCCCGGGGGCAAGAGGAGCUGGGGCCGCCAACGCCGUGCCGGGCCAGGCCAUGGCGUUCCUGGCGGGACCGCGCCUGGUGGACUGGGCCAGCUCGCCACCGCACCUGCAGUUCAACAAGUUCGUGCUGACAGGCUACCGGCCAGCCAGCAGCGGCUCGGGCUGCCUGCGCAGCCUCUUCUACCUGCACAACGAGCUGGGCAACAUCUACACGCACGGUCUGGCCCUGCUGGGCUUCCUGGUGCUACUGCCAAUGACCAUGCCCUGGGGUCAGCUGGGCAAGGAUGGCUGGCUGGGGGGCACACACUGUGUGGCCUGCCUGGCACCCCAUGCAGGCUCUGUGCUCUAUCACCUCUUCAUGUGCCACCAAGGGGGCAGCCCUGUGUACACUCGGCUCCUUGCCCUGGAUAUGUGUGGAGUCUGCCUCGUCAACACCCUUGGGGCCCUGCCCAUCAUCCACUGCACCCUGGCCUGCAGGCCCUGGCUGCGCCCUGCUGCCCUGGUGGGCUACACCGUGCUGUCAGGUGUGGCUGGCUGGUGGGCCCUUACAGCCCCCUCCACCAGUGCCCGGCUCCGUGCCUUUGGUUGGCAGGCUGGUGCCCGCCUCCUGGUGUUCGGGGCCCGGGGAGUGGGGCUGGGCUCCGGGGCUCCUGGCUCCCUGCCCUGCUACCUGCGCAUGGACGCGCUGGCACUGCUUGGGGGGCUGGUGAACGUGGCCCGCCUGCCAGAGCGCUGGAGACCUGGCCGCUUCGACUACUGGGGCAACUCACACCAGAUCAUGCACCUGCUCAGUGUGGGCUCCAUUCUCCAGCUGCACGCCGGCGUCGUGCCUGACCUGCUCUGGGCUGCCCACCACACCUGCCCCCCAGACUGAGCCACCCCCUACCCGCCAGGCCAGCCUGCCCAGUUUUCUAGGGCCAACACCAUACUUCCCUCCUGCUGGUCCACAAGGAGCUGGCUCCCGGGAUGUUUCCAGCAAACAGGACUUCCCAGCUGGGAGCCUGUUCAUCCAUUCUUCCCUGUGGACUAGUCUCUUCUACCCCCACCUUAGAACUCCAGCCUCCCCUCCCCGCUUUCCUCCAGGGUACUGUCUUCCUAUGGAGGCUGGAAGGAAACUUUUCCUUCUCUAGACCUCAGUUUACCCUCUAUGACCUGUGAGGGUUGGGCCAGAGGAACUCUGGGCUCAUGUCUCGCUCUGACAGUUGGAAUCCUGCCAGCCUAGAUCCAUCACUCCACCCUGCCCCUCCUCAGACCCUCCCAUGAGGUAUCUUGUGAGUGCCAGGCCCAGCCUCCAGCCCAUGCUUCCUGACCUCCAUCUUUCUGCCCUGUAGGCCAGCCCUCCCAG